AUGGAUCUCGAACAAAAUAAAUCAAGGUUUUCGUUCCCUGCAGAAAUCUUGCCUUAGAAUCCAAGAACUUAGGAGAUCAUGGCUUAAAGAGAAGCCAAGGAGAACCAAAAGCGUGCUGAGGAGGAAGAGAUGAAACUUCUUAAAGAAAAAGAGGAAAGAGAUAGAAGAAAGAAGUAGAAGGACAAGUAACUUGAACUUGAAAAGAAAGAAAAGAUGGCUAAAGAUUAGGCUCAGAAGAGAAAGGAAGAGGAGGAAUAAAUGAACAAACUUGAGGGUAGAAUGCUUAUCAUGCUAAAAAACCUCUAAAAUAAUAAUACACCCAAGGAAUAUACAGUAGCUGGUUUGAAUCUUGGACCUGCUAGAUGUCGUAUCAUGGCAUAAAAUAUUGCCUUCAAUCAAACACUGACAGCUCUACAUCUUGCCAGAAAGAAGAUUAUGGACCCUGAAGGAGUUGUUUUGGCUUAAAUGCUAGUCUCAAAUAAAACUUUGAGAAAACUUGAACUAGAGGGUAACUUGCUUGGCCCAAACAGUGCCAGAGCUUUUGGUAAAAGUUUAAAAAAGAAUACUACUUUAAAAGUUCUUGAUCUCGAGAGCAAUCAAUUAACAUAAGAAGGCCAAGAUUUCUAAGGCAUAUAUGAUUUCUCUAAAUGUCUCUUUAAGAACAGGCAUCUCUUGAGUUUAAACUUAGGAAAUAACAGUAUGGAUGAGAAGUGCGGUGCUAAGUUUAAGGAAGCCACAGAUAUCAAUGAUACCUUAAUUGAUUUUGAAUUCGGCUUUAAUGGCUUUAGUCUUCAAGACAUCAGAGCAAUCCAAGACAAUUUGAAGAGAAACAAGAGAAAGUAUGACGAGGAGCGUCUUAGAGAAUGGAGAGAACGUAAACUUAUGUACGAUGAGGAUGUGAGACUUAAGAAUCUCUAUCUUGAGGAGCAGUCUAGAAAAGAGCAAGAAAGAAUGGAAGAAGAGACGAGAGAACUUAGAGAGCAAGAACUCGACGAGGAAUGGAGAAAGUAUCUCUUAGAUAGCGAGAUAGAAAAGUAGCAACUUAUAUAACAGUUAGAAGAGGCUGCUAAGAUCAGAGCAGAAAAAGGAAAAGGCAGAAGAAGAGGUAUGGGAGGCAAAAAGAAGAAGAAGUGA